GAUGUCAUUUGUCGCUAUCUCUCACUAGGCGAUGUGGGGAUACUACCUCGACCUUUAACCGCAUCCACGCAUACAAAAUGGGAAGAAGCCUCCUCUCCAGUCAACGCAACGCACGACCGCGCGGUAGCCAGCAACCAUGGAGCUCGUCAGGCUUUUGCUGUGCUUCUUCGUCUUCGUCAUAGGGACCCGGGCCAUCGGGCAACCUUCGAGUCUGGGUUUCUCGGAAGCAGAUGGCGGGUUGAAGCUAGGUGGCACUGGAUCAGCACCGACCAUCGUCAUCGAUAGCAAAGACUGGGCUGGAGUGACGCGCGCGGGCAACGACCUCGCGAAUGACUUCGGGCUAGUCACAGGAACGAAAGCCAAAGUUGCGACCGGCACGUCGGGCCUUGCGGACACCCCGGUCAUCAUCGCCGGAACCAUUGGCAAAUCGCCGCUCAUUGACGGUUUGGUCUCGGCCGGCAAGAUCGAUGUUUCGGGGAUCAAGGGGAAAUGGGAGUCUUUUACUUCAGCACUCGUGGACAGCCCUACCACUGGCGUGUCAUCAGCUCUUGUGCUAGCCGGUAGUGACAAACGAGGCACCAUCUUCGCCCUCUACGACAUCUCCGAGCAAAUCGGCGUCAGCCCCUGGUACUGGUGGGCUGAUGUCCCACCCAAGAAGAAAACCGCCAUCUACGCGCUUCCCACCAAGAAGACCCAAGGCCCACCGUCCAUCAAAUACCGCGGCAUCUUCCUCAACGACGAACAGCCCGCCCUCACAAACUGGGUCAACUCCAACUACGGCGGCAAAUACGACUCGCGUUUCCACGCCAAAGUCUUCGAACUCCUGCUCCGCCUGCGUGCAAACUACUUCUGGCCUGCGAUGUGGAACUCCAGAUUCUACACCGACGAUUCGAAGAACGGGCCGCUCGCCGACGAAAUGGGAAUCGUGAUGGGAACCAGUCAUACAGAGCCGAUGGCAAGAGCCGAUAAAGAGAAGGUGAAGCCCUGGGACUGGAAGAGCAAUCAGAAUAAUCUGAAGAAGUAUAUGCAAGACGGGGCGACUAGGGCAAAGAACUGGGAGACGCUGUGGACCAUGGGAAUGCGCGGGGGUGGGGAUGCGGCGAGUCCGACGCUGGAUGCAACGGCAUUGGUGGAUGUUAUUACGUUCCAGCAGGGGGUGCUGAAGAGCACGUUGGGCGUCAGCAAUUUGAGUGCGGUGCCGCAGAUGUGGUGCGUGUACAAGGAGGUUGGCGGGUAUUAUCAGGCUGGCAUGAAGAUCCCGGACGAUGUUACGAUUCUCUGGAGCGAUGACAAUAGCGGGAACAUCCAGCGCCUUCCUAUUCCGAGCGAGGUCGACCGCAUAGGGGGCGCGGGUGUCUACUAUCAUUUCGACUAUGUGGGCGACCCGCGGAACUACAAGUGGAUCAACACUAUUCAGCUGUCGAAAACGUGGCAGCAGAUGCAUCUCGCGCACGAGCGAAACGCACGCCAGAUCUGGAUCGUCAACGUCGGGGAUCUCAAGCCUCUCGAGAUCCCAAUCUCGCACUUCCUAGACAUGGCGUAUGACAUGUCGAAGUUCGAGACGCCAGACAGCACCGAUACCUGGCUCAAAGCAUGGGCAACGCGCGAAUUUGGGGGAGAUGUUGCCGACGCGACCGCAGAGGUUAUGGCCACGUACGGCAAGCUCCUAAUUCGGCGGAAGUACGAGCUUCUGAACAACAACCCAUUCCUCUACUCCAUCGCCAACUACGACGAGGCUGAGAACGUGCUAAACGAAUGGGAAGCCCUAGAAGUCAAGACCCAAUCACUAUACGACAAGCUCGACUCCGCCACGCAAAUCGCCUUCUUCGAGAUGGUCCUACACCCCGUCAUGGCCGGCAAAGUCGUCCAACGCGUCUACAUCAACGCAGCCCGCAACGCCGCGUACGCGAAGCAGAAGCGCAUGAGCGCGAACGAGCUCGCCGCCGAUGUCAAGAACACUUAUGCACAGGACGCAGUUAUCCAGAAGAGAUAUCAUGGUUUGUUGAACGGGAAAUGGAACCACAUGAUGGAUCAGAUACAUUUCGGGUACAACAACUGGUAAGUAACCCAACCUUUCCCCCUCCCAAAUCCCCACGCAAAGCACAUGGAAGUCUCUCCAGCUUCCGUACACGCAGUCGCGUCUUGUAAUUGAUGGCUUGUGAGGUCACGCUGGAAUG